CUGAGGCCCCUCUCCAUCCUCUGCGAUGCUCCAACUCGUCGGUAAUUCGGCCUGGCUGACGGAGCAACUCCGACUCUCCUCACAAUUGGACUAUUAUGUAUUCUACCGCUCCCCUACCACUGGGCUAAUCCAGUCAUUGACCUCUGGAUACACUCGCCCACCAUGGUCAAGAUCAAGUCUAUUGAGUACUUCCGCGUCCCUCCCCGAUGGCUCUUCGUCAAGAUCGUCGAUGAGGAAGGCCAAUGCGGUUGGGGAGAGAGUACUCUCGAAGGUCAUACCGAGGCUGUUGAAGGCACCUUGAAUGCCCUCUGCAAGCGCUUCCAAGGCUACGAAGCCGAUGACAUUGAGCACGUAUGGCAAAUGGCCUGGCGCCUUGGUUUCUACCGCGGGGGGCCGGUGUUUAUGUCAGCCAUAUCAGGCAUUGACAUCGCUCUCUGGGACCUGAAGGGUCGUCGACUCGGUGUUCCCAUCCACCAGCUCCUCGGAGGCAAGGUCCGGAACAAACUCUCCGUCUAUGCUUGGAUCGGUGGAGAUAGACCCUCAGAUGUUGAAGCAGCCGGCAAAGCGCGCCUCGCGCAGGGCUUCAAAGCCAUUAAAAUGAACGCCACCGAGGACGUGAACUGGCUUGAUUCUCCUCGUGCGCUGGACUCCUCUGUCGAACGUCUCAAGGCCGUCAAAGCCCUUGGCCUAGAUGCUGCUCUCGACUUCCACGGCCGUCUGCACAAACCAAUGGCCAAACAGCUUGCUAAAGCCCUCGAACCGCACCGCCCUCUAUUCCUCGAAGAGCCCCUCCUCUCUGAGCAUCCGGAAGCCAUCAAACAACUCUCUGAUCAGGUCUCCUGCCCCAUCGCCCUAGGUGAGCGUCUCUAUAGUCGCUGGGAUGUGAAACGUUUUCUGGAAGAUGCGAGCGUGGAUAUUCUCCAGCCUGAUAUUGCUCACUGCGGAGGGAUCUCAGAGCUACGGCGGAUAGCCUCCAUGGCCGAAACUUACGAUGUUGCUAUUGCCCCACACUGUCCCCUGGGAUCCAUCGCCUUGGCUGCGUGUAUGCAGGUGGACCUGGCGACGCCGAACUUUGUCAUUCAGGAAAUGAGUCUGGGAAUGCACUACAACACCGAAGCUGGCGAGUAUGAUAUCACCAGUUACGUGAAGGAUGCAAAUGUAUUUGCAGUCAAAGAUGGAUACGUAGAUGCUCUGACGGCUCCUGGAUUGGGAAUUGAAGUGAACGAGGAGCUGGUCAGACAGCUAGCAGCGAAUUCAGAGCCCUGGCCGCCGAAGGAGUUCUAUGGACCCGACGGGGGGAUCCGGGAGUGGUAAUAUCAUCUAGGGGGCAUGUUCUUGUAUUAUCUAGCAUAGCGUGGAUGCUUGAUGUCGCCAUGUUAAUCUAUGCAACAGUUUGCAAUUGUAUGUUGACUCCUCUAU